CAAAUUGAUAUACCAUAAAUUUGACUGAUUUGUUACAUAUAUUUAAUAUUUCUUGAAUAAUUGUUUUAACAAAAUCAAGAUAGCAAAGAAGCUAGAGGAAAAUUUAUAUAUAUUAGAAGGAGUCUGCUCGAUACACGUUACAAAUUUGGUGGCAGCGGUGGGAUCAGAUAGAUAAAAUCACCAUUAUCUUCGACUCGCAACUCUAUAUAUACAAUGGCUGAAGGUGUGACCCAAACCUAUGACGAUGAGCUAUUAUUGUUGCAUGAGCAAUUUAGAGAAUUGCAGCGCCAGAAUGAAGCUCUUAAAUUGCAGAACGAAAUAUCAUCGUUAGAAAGAGAAAUAGACUCUAUGCAGAUGUCAUUUCAACACCAGCUUCAAGGAUUGAAAACCAAUGAGGAAGAUCAAGCACCUCUAUCAUCAACACCUAAAAUUAUGAAGAGAAAAUUGGCAACACCACUUGAUGAGAGACGACGUAGGUUUCUUCCGCCAACACCUGUAUAUAAUACAGGUUUGAAAGAUGUUAAAACAGAGAUAUUCAAAACAUCGCCAUUGAAUUUCAACACAAAUAUGAGUCCCCGAGACAAAUUCGUUACAUUUCGAGAUCGAAAGCCUAAGCAAACAUCUGAGCAAAAUACGACUACAACGAGUAAUAUAACUACGGAAAAUCAAUGCCAGACAGAAAAUAUGAAUGGUGAAUAUGGCUCAACAUCAAAAAGAACUGUCAUGAUGAAGCCAGCUACAUAUGAUGGAACUAAUUCUUGGAUAGAUUAUAAAGCACAUUUUGAGGCAUGUUCGGAGAUAAACAAAUGGACAGAAAAAGAAAAAGGACUUUAUUUAUCAGUUUCGCUUAGAGGACAAGCGCAGGGCGUUUUUGGCAACUUAACAAACAAAACACCAAAUUAUGAAGAGCUGGUUUCCGCCCUACAAGAAAGAUUUUCGCCACCCAAUCAAACUGAGCUAUAUAGAGCUCAGUUACGAGAACGUAGGCAAAAAGCUACAGAAUCGUUAUCAGAAAUGGGACAAGACAUAAGGAGAUUAACAAAUUUAGCAUACCCGUCAGCGCCGUCGGAUGUAAGGGAAACUCUAGCCAAAGAACAAUUUAUAGAUUCGCUAAUAAGCUCCGAUAUGAGACUCAGAAUUAAACAAGCCCGCCCAACUAGCUUAAACGAUGGUGUAAGACACGCCGUUGAGUUAGAGGCUUUUAACAAAGCAGAAAGGAAGACAUUAGAUGGACAGGGAUACUUGCGAUCAUUCAAAAAUACAGAUGAUAGUCAGUCCAAAUUAAAACAAGAUGUACAGAGAUUACAAAAUGCAAAGUUUCAGAUAGAGAAAUCAUUACGGUAAGGUAAGAUGAAAACCGCUUAUAACAGAAAUGAUUUUAAUAGAACUGGUCCUCGAAGUAGAGAAGAACAUGAACAAGGUCGAACCUUUAGAAAUUCAAGUCGUGAAGUAGGUCAUGACAGAUAUAAAAAUAAUAAUUACCCAGAAAGAAAAACUGAGAAAACAUGAUACGAAUGCGGUGAAUAUGGACAUAUGAAAUUCAAUUGUCCCAAGCGACAAACUCAAAACCCUGUUUCUUCUGUCAAACAUAAUUUAAGGUCUUCAGCUAAAGUAGGCUCCGGGCUAUAUGUUAAUGCAAAUAUUAAUGGUUUCACGGCUUUUUGUUUAGUCGACACAGGUGCCACCUUAACAGUAAUUUCUGGUAAAUUAAUGGACACUAUAAGUGCUCCAACAAACUUAGAUUCAUUUGAUUCUGAUAUUGUAACAGCCUCUGGGGCACCACUUAAUAUAAGAGGACGAACACGUGUAACUAUUGAAAUGGAAGGGAUAGAACCUUUAAUAGGAGUUGUAGUUUCGGACAUAGACGUGGAUGCAAUAAUAGGAUUAGACUUCAUGAAAUCAACAAAUGCUUCUAUCAGUAUUGCAGACAAUACAAUGACACUGAAUGGGAAAAUUUGCCGUCUAAAUUGUACAGGUCAAAUGGGUUGUUAUAGAAUUGUAGUUUCUGAAAGGACCGUUAUUCCGGCUUAUGCAGAAAAGUUAAUUGAUGGCAAAAUUGGAGAUACCCAUAGUCCAAAUAAGGGCUUAUAUUUGAUAGAACAAAUUGAUCGCCCUAUCAUGGAAGACAAAGGUCUUGUUGCACGAACUUUAGUAACGGCAGAAAACAAAAUACCAGU